AUGACAGUGAUGUGGAAGACAGUCCGCUGGGGUUUGCUGCUGGACAAUGCGGCGCCGGAUGACUACUCCACCGCAGACUGCAUCGGCUUGACUGCCGGAUGUACGUCACAGGACGACUUCCCCACCAUGGCGAUGUCGGGUCUUGUGAAGACAGUAAUGAGGGCUGUGCCCGGGACAAAGGAUCUCGAUCCGUGCCAGCGCCUGGCGCCUGGUGCCGUUUGUACCAGUUUGGCAACAACUGUACAUAGUCUUGCAUCUUGCUACGAGCAUAUAGCAUUCCCACAGCACUCCCCCGGACACGCAGGAGAGCUGUAG